GCUCCACAUUCCCUCAAGAAAACUUCCGAUAGUGUCACGAGAGAAAUCAUGAAGCCAAUAUCCCGUUCUUCAUGCAACAGCAAAAUCAGCAUGUUAUCCAUGCCACAAUUAGGCUGUGCCCUCGUGAUGCUUCUCUCCUUGGCCUCCCUUGCCACAUCAUGUACCGAGCAGGAGAAGGGAUCCUUGCUCCAGUUCGUUGCUGAGCUCUGCCACGACAGUGGCCUCACUGGUUCAUGGGAGAAUGAAGAAGAUUGUUGCAAAUGGGAAGGGAUCACCUGCAAUUCAAAUCGGACGGUGACCGAUGUCUUCCUGGCUUCAAGGAGCCUUCAGGGACACAUCUCAGCGUCCCUUCGCAACCUCACCGGACUGCUGCGCCUGAACCUGUCCCACAACUUGUUGUCCGGAGGCCUACCAAUGGAGCUGGUGUCCUCCAACACCAUCAUUGUCCUUGAUGUCAGCUUCAACCAACUCGAUGGAGAUUUACAGGAGCUGCAAUCUUCAACCCUCCUACCUCUGCAGGUAUUGAACAUCUCAAGCAACUUGUUUACAGGACGGUUUCCAUCCACCAUUUGGGAGGUGAUGGAGAAUCUGGUUGCACUCAAUGCCAGCAACAACAGCUUUACUGGGCAGCUACCAACUAACUUAUGUGUCAGCGCGCCAUUCUUUGCUGUGCUUCAUCUCAGCUACAACCAAUUCAAUGGAAGCAUCCCUGCAGGACUCGGUAACUGUUCCAUGCUAACAUCUCUCAACGCUGGGAACAAUAACCUCAGUGGGACUCUUCCUGAUGAACUCUUCAAUCUUACCUUGUUGGAGCACCUCUCUUUUCCUAAUAAUCAUUUAGAAGGAUCACUCGGCGGCAUCAGCAAGCUCACACAUCUGGCCACCCUUGAUCUUGGAGGGAAUAAUCUCAGUGGAAAUAUCCCAGACUCCAUCGAUGAGCUCAAGAGAUUAGAGGAACUCCAUUUGGACCACAAUAGCAUGGUUGGGGAGCUUCCAUCAACUCUGAGCAACUGCACAAAUCUCAUAAUCAUCGACCUCAAGAGCAACAGUUUCAGCGGAGAACUCACCAAUGUCAAUUUCUCCAACUUACCAAAUCUAAAAACCUUAGAUCUUCUGCGGAACGACUUCAAUGGUACAAUUCCAGAAAGCAUCUAUUCAUGCAGCAAUCUAACAGCACUGCGGCUAUCUUCCAAUAAGUUCCAUGGCCAGUUGUCAGAAAGAAUAGGUAAUCUGAAGUCCCUCACUUUCCUAUCACUUGUUAACAACUCCCUUUCAAAUAUCACAGGUGCACUUCAGAUCCUAGGGAGUUGCAGGAAUCUGACCACCUUGUUAAUUGGGCACAACUUUUUUGAUGAGGCCAUGCCAGGGGAUGAUAGUAUUGAUGGUUUUGAGAAUCUUCGGGUUCUUGCUAUAAAUGUCUGUUCCUUAUCUGGAAAAAUACCUUUUUGGUUAUCGAAGCUCAUAAAUUUGGAGGUGUUGCUAUUGUAUGGAAAUCAACUAACCGGAUCAAUACCAGACUGGAUCAACAGCCUAAACUUCCUAUUCCAUAUAAACAUAUCAAACAACAGCCUUAUAGGUGAAAUUCCAACAGCUUUAAUGGGCAUGCCAAUGCUAAAAACAGAUAAGGUUGCACCAAAGGCCUUUGAGCUGCCUGUUUAUAAGUCUCAAGCAAGACAAUACCGCAUGAUCAUUUCUUUCUCUACAAUGCUGAAUCUGGGCCUCAAUAACUUAACUGGUGUGAUCCCCGAAGAGAUUGGUCAGUUAAAAGCACUCAUUUCACUCAAUUUGAACUCCAACAAAUUCACUGGAGCGAUCCCACAAUCGAUCUCCAACCUCACAAACCUUGAGGUGCUGGACUUGUCUGGCAACCAUCUAACAGGUGAAAUCCCGACCGCACUAAACAAUCUGCAUUUCCUUUCUAAGUUCAAUAUCUCUAACAACGACCUAGAAGGGCCUAUCCCAAUCACCGGCCAGCUCAGCACGUUUCCAAGUUCCAGCUUUGAUGGGAACCCAAAGUUGUGUGGUCCUGUGCUUGCCCACCACUGUGGUUCAGCAGAAGCAAUUUUCUCCAUAAAACAAACUGAUGAAACGGUUGAAAAGGUCAUCUUUGUGAUCACCUUUGGUGCAUUCUUUGGUGUAGGGGUGCUCUAUGAUCAGAUAGUGUUAUCAAGGAUUUUUGGCUAGUCAUACUUCUACUUACAUGUGGGUUUGUGGUUUGUGACGAUGUUUUGUUGUUUAGGUUUAACCACAGCUCCAGUCUACAAGCUUCCUCUAGCUGUAAAUUCGUAUUUAGCUAAUAC